CGCCAUCUCAGUCGAGCUAUGACAACUAUUUUGCAUCACUCCUGCUCCUCCAGCGAGUCCGAGCCGACUGUCUCUAAACACCUCUCUUUCGAUUCCCGCAGUAUUGGAAGGCACAGCGCAUCCAGCGGGCCACCACACUCACCUCGUCCAUGUCCCUGCCGGCGGAGUGCCUGGUCCUCUCCGUGUCCAUGCCCUCGCUCAACUCGGAGCCCAAGCGUCCCAAGAGCGCGGGACCCAAGAAGAAGCCCGGCCAGGCCGUCCACUCGAAGCCAUUCCGCCUGUACUGAGUCAGAAGGAGCUGCUCCACAAGUCGCACAAGACGUCACCCAAUCGAAGCACUCAGAGAUUUGUGCACAAGUUGAUAUCGAGGCACGCACUUCUAAAACAUACAUAUGCAGAAUACAUUUUAUCAAACCGUUGAUUGUUUAGAACCGAAAUGGAAACGAAACGUGGCAUUUACAACAUAAUAAACGACUAAAUGAGAGGCAAAGUUAAGCACAAAAUACA